UUGCCACCGUCGCACAAGUGAAGGAAUUUUCGUAGCGCCUGGUGAGUUCCCACCCGUGGAAUUUGUGUGUGCUCCAAACCGAAAAAACACUGUCUGGGAAUUAAAAAGCGUUAUUUUACUCAUUAAUAGAGAUGAAAUAAACUUGAAAAACCUUAAUUCUGUUGAAAGUUCGAAUGGUGUACCUGUAAAGGAUUUAAGUGAAAGUGCAGUGGAAUCUAUAAAUACUCCUUGGGUAACUAGUCUAAGUCACGGCAGAGUAGACCAUCUAUUUCCCACCUCCGGUGCCCAAGUGCAUGUCGUGCUGCUCAUUGGUUUCGCCUUGGUCUGGUCUAGUUUUUGGCCUUAACAUGGAGGUGUAGGAGGUGACUGCAAGCGAGCCUUGGUUAGCUGAAAAUUAUUGUAUUGUAAUUUCAGUAUACGCAGCACGCCGACCACUGCGCAUGCCACAAGCCCCGGACCCGAACUCGUACCCCCGCCAAUCGAGGCCAGCAGAAAAGCUGGGGGAGAAAAAAGUAGGAGGAACAGCAGGUGACACCUGCAGCAACACCUGCCCAAAGGAACCGAAGGAACUCGAAAUCUGGAAGCCAAACCAAGGUAGUCAAGAAACGUUAAGAGCUCAAGGAAUCCAAGGAAUCUAGAAACGAUAGAAAUUCAAGAAUUCCACGGAUCGACAGAAACCCAAAGAUCACAGGAAACCAAAGGAAUUCAGCGAACUGUUAUCCUUAGAACUCAGAACUCAAAAUAAUCCCUGAACUUAUAAUUACAAGGAAUUCAAGAAACCUUAGGAAUUUGAAGAAUUAAUAAAUAAAUACAACAGGAACCCGAAAAACGAUCCCAAGGAACCCGAGAAGCUUAAGGAGCGUAAAAAACUUAAGAAAUCCAGAAGCCCAACGGACCAAAGGGACUUAAGAAAUCCAAUAGGCUCCACCAAAUUCACAACCAAGGAAACGAGGAUUACCAGAAAUGGCGGCCCUGGUCCACGGCUGCAGUAGUCCGCGUCAGCGAUCCUGCAACGGCAGCAGCUCCCCGGGAGGCCACCAUGGGGGCACCGCCUCCUCCGCGUACCCCUUGAAUCCCAAAUACUCGAGGGCCACCAGCCAGACCCUGUAUGCCACCACUCAGCAGUUUUUCGCCACCGGAAUGCCGGACUCGAGCUACAACUACGGCAUGUCCUCCUCCGCCGGCCAGCGACCGCUCUCCGCCUCCGCUCUGCCGGAAACGGCGGCGGCCAGCCGGAACUAUUGGGGUCACCACAACGCCUUCUAUCACACGGGCGGCAGGCAUUACAGCAAGAGGAAAUCCGCCGUGGAAUUGCUGGCGGAGUCCAAGCCAUUCUAUAUCAAAUCCGAGGCGGUUUUCGAGCGACUGCAGCAGGCCAGCUACCGAAACGGCGCUGGUAACAAUGGAGUAGCCGGCGGGAAGAGAGGUCGCCGGCCGGAGGAAACCCAUGGCCACCAUUACGAACUGGAGGACAGGCGCUACAUGAGUCUCAAUCUCACUCGCCAGCAGCAGGUGCAGCAGCAGGUGCAACAGCAGCAACAGCAACAUCAGCAACAGCAGCAGCAGCAGCAGUACCUGCACAACCACCAUCCCCACCCACACCAGCACCACCCGCACUCCCGCCACGCCCAAGGCCAAGGUCAAGGUCGCCCAGGGGGUGGAGCCGGCGGAGGGGGCGGCGGCGGCGGAGCAGCCGUUAAUAACAACCUCCUGCAGCACAAGCUGCGCAUGCUGCUCGGCUCGGAGGCUGGAAAGGAGCGAAACGGGAGCGGAACCUUGAGGCGCCACGAGAUGAACGACGGCAGCGCGGAGCUCCUGCCCACGGACUACGGUGAGGAGGAGGUCGGGGGGCAGGCGGGCGCACUGCGCAUUCCCCCGCCCCUCUACAUGCCCGCCCACAGCUUCGGGCGGGACGGCGAAGAGCCACUGGUGCUCACCGAGAACUACCGACCCAUCAGUCCGCCCGCUGAAUAUGCGGCUAAGUCGGGACAGGCACACAACGAUCGCUACAGAUACAACUACCAGCGAUCGUACUCACACUCGCACGAGGUGCCCAACUCUGGUGAGGAUCGCAGUGCUCCGUAUCCCGCCGGCGACUACAACAUCAAUAGCCACAAGUCGCUGCCGGAUCUGCACACCCAGAUCAGUCGUCAUUCGCCGCACAGCGAGAUCCUGAGCUGCUGCAGCCGGGGCAAUCGGUCGAUAAAGUCAGCAGGGGAGUCCUCAAUCAACCGGGACUCCGGCGGAAGCUCCGGCCACUACACCCAUCGCAGUGAGCCCUGCUACAAGAGGGAGCGGCAGCGGGACGGGGCCGGAAGUGCGGCUCCUGCGAGCGGCACCAUUAAGAACUGCUGCACCCUGGUGGCGGCCACUCGCAGAGACAGUGGCUCCUCCACCCAGCACAGUGCCAACUCCUAUUGCGGCUACGUCACACCGGCUGGGGAAUAUUCCGGAAUGAGUGGACGCAACACGGAGUGCUUGGACUGCCGCUGCAAACAGGACACGGGGGGAAUGGGAUCCGACUAUCUGCUCAACUUCACGCCCACGCCGGAGGUGCCGGAGGCCUUUCAGGACGACUACACCCCGACUCCGCCAUCGCCGCGGCUCAAGACUCAGACUCCACGCUACUCGAGCUCCUCCAGUCAGCAGCUGCACACCAGUUCGCAGGGGUACACGAGCAUCAAUCACUCGCAGAGCUCGCUGGUCCAGAGCCCAGGAUCGGCGCCAUCCGUGGACGACAUCAGUCCACCGCCCAUUCAGUUCAAAAGGCAGCGGUGCAUUCGCUUCAAGAACAGAAACCGACUGCCAGUUCAAGGAGAAAUGGGAGGACCACCAGGAUCAGGAGGCGGCCUGGUAGCCGCAGGAUCUGGAGGAAUGGCCACGGCAGGCGGGGUCCUGGCCGCCUACAAGCAGCACCGAGGCAGUGUGGACCACGAGAACGUGUUCUUCCCCAAAGGUUUCUCCUCGGAGGUCUACCACAGCAGCUUGGACAUGGAGAGGGAGGCCCUGAAUGCCAGCAUUUCGGAGCUGGAGAAGUUCUUCGAUCGCCUGGGCUUGAAUGACGAGGCCUUCCACGAGAUCUACAGUCAGCCGAGGAGACAUCACUCCGAAACGGACGAUGCCUCGGAUGACUCGAGCACCGUGUUCUUCUCGGACGUGAGCACCGUGGACUCGAUGAGAUUGCCGGACAGCACGGAAACCCAGCCGCAGGCCACGCAGGCAUAUAGACCCUCGGAACCACCGUCGAUUGUGGAAAGGAAUGCCAGGAUCAUCAAGUGGCUGUGCAACUGCAAGAAGAUGCAGUGCACCUGAGGAUCGCCUGGGCAGUGCAGCUGCGGAUUCGGAUUUGGAUUCGGACGCUAGCGCUUCACUGAUUUAUUAAUUCUACUCGACCACCCCGAUAAUAAUAAUACACGACUGCGGAUUAAUGCAACAAAACACUGAUCACCGAUGGGUGGGUGGAUUUCGAAGGUUGUAAACUUGACAUAAGGACGAAAAGUAGUCUAGGGUAAUACAAAUGGAUUUUAUAAAAUCAAAUUUGAGCUUUCAAAGUAAAGAAAUCUUUCAAAGAAAGCCAGCUUAUUUGGCUAAACAAAAUAAACAUAUUACAUAUCUUAAAAAAAUGAAGUGAAGUAGGUAUAAACUACUUUAACUCUAAAAAUACUUUUAAAAAUAUUAAAUGCACAAAAAAUGAUGUACUCUAAUUUAAAAUAACAAAAGAAAAGUACUUAAAGCUUAUAAUGUAUAUGUCCUGCUUUUUUAAAUGUUGCCCUUUUAUUGCCUAACAAGUAAAACUAACUAGUUUCUUGAAAAACCAACACAAACGCAUAGUUGAGCCCAAAUUUCAAACUUUUUUUUGCAUAAAAUAGGCACUUGAUUUCACAAAAUUGAUAUGGGUCUCAAACAUCAUAUAUUUUGAUAAAGUAUAUAAUAAACAAAUAAUACAAAUUCAAAGUAUAUUUUUCAAACUACGGAAAAAAGUAAAAAAAAG